AUCUGGCGAAAGACAGCAGCAGGAUGUUGACGUGUAUCUGUGCGAGAGACCCUCUCUAAAAAUGCAGAUUUUAGCCAAAUUUCUCGUUUUUAGCUCGCUUUUAGUCAUCUCGCUAGUUCAUGCUAGGAUCUCCGACCUUCGGCUGUGCGUCGACGAAAAUUGCUCAGUGCCUGUUUCGAUAGCACGUUCAGUGUUGUCUUACAACAGCGAUGACGCCAGAAUCCUGUCCUUUAAACCGUCAGACAAAAUUGUCAUCUAUAGCAAGUCUGCUGGCAGCAAACCUGACCUUUGGGGAGCGGAGAUCAAUGGAAAGAGGGGUUACGUACCUAAAGACUUGAUCAGAGAGCAGAAAAUUUUAAACAGCAACCUCAAGUUCACUGUUCCUACUGAACAGGUGGCCCAAGAAGCUGAGAAAAAUCCUGAAAAUGAAGCCACCGUAAAGCCUUUUCUUCCAACACCUGUGCCUGACACUCAGCAAGAGCUAAAUGCAGAAAACGAUCCAAAUGUGAUAGUGGUGGAUGGGACCACAAUAUACAUGUCCGAAGAUUCGGACAUAGAGAAAACAAUUACUACUGGGCCUCCACCCCCUCCAGAAACUAUCCCUCCCGCUCCUAGUAGUGAGACGCCACUUCAGCCACCUACCAAUCUGAACUCAGCUAAGGAGGAAAGCAUACCUGACCAACCUCAAGAGGAGCUCACAACACCUGAACCGGAGACGCCGGACAAAAAACCUCUUGUAGAGGAGGAGGGAGUCAAGACAGAUGAUAGCACAGAGGCGGUUUCUGAACCUCCUGAGGUGGCAAAGGAUGAAACAGUUAUGGAAUAUAUCAGUGAUACCUUGACAGGGUGGUUGGAUGCGAGUGGUGAGGGUAAACAGGAAGAAGUGGACACAGGACAGGAUGUCGGUCAGUCGGAAGAGGUUACAGAAAGUGUGACAGCGGAGCCACCUGAAGACGUUCAGGUUGACCUUACUAAAAUCAACCUCUUGUCCACCAAGGGCAACAAACAAGAACCUGAGGUUAACGAGGCACUCAAAGUUGUGGUGGAUGAGCCACCAGUUCAGACAGUACCAAGUCCACACCCAGAUGUAGAAGAAAGAGAAUCUUCAGAUGAAAUUUACCAUCAAUAUCCUAGUUCCACAACUCUGCAGGCAGAAGAGAUGGCUUCUCAGGAAACCUCAACGGAAGUUUCAUUCAAUGAAGAGGACAGCCGGCCGCCUUUAUCUGCAGAAGAUGAAACGUCAUCGGAAGUGCCAUUGUACAGUGAGGAAGUGACAACUGAGUCAGCAGAGGUUACGUCGCCUCCGCCUGAAGAGACAGCUUCAGAAGAAACUACCAUGAUGUCCCAAUUUGAAAUUCUUCAGCCUUUAGAAGAGCAAAAGCAAGAGGAGGUACAGUACAGUCCCUACCAAAACUAUGAAACUGGCCAGGUGGUAGAAGUUGAAACCGAAAAGGUGGAGGAAGUUACCACUGAAACGACACUUGUUGUUGAGGAAGCCCAUCCGCCUGUUGUUGAAGACGAAACAACAGUUCCAUAUCCGCCUCUGGUAUCUGAGGAAGUGACGCCAGCGCCGGCAGUCCAAGAAGACGCAGCUGAGAGUACAACCUCUGCAGACUCUGUUGAAACUACGCCCUCUGCAGACACUGCUGAGACGACUAUGACUGAAGAGUCCCCACAGGAGGAAACAACCCCGUUAGAGAGAGACUCGGGUGGGAUAUUUGCUGAUUGGGUUUACAAUCUGUUUGGAAGCUCAAGUAGCGAAGAGGCUACGGAUGCCACGCCAGAGCAGGUGAUCACUGAAAAGCUUCUCGCUGAGGAGCCACCAGCCGAAGAGAGUGCGUCGUCUGGGUCAUGGUUUUCAUUUGGUUCUACUGUCGAGCCGGAAAUUUCUACAGCUGAUGUUACUGGAGAUGCUUGCUUUGCUGAAUCUUGUGCUCAAGUUGGCGCUGCUCCAAACCACCAGCCAGCUGAUUCUGAGCAAUAUCACCAGCAGCAUCACCAAGCCCACUCAGAGGCCUCCGCCAUAGAAUGGGAUGUUGUGGCUUCCUCAGGCACCAUCCUAUAUCUGGUUGUCACUGCCAUCACGGUUCUCCUCUUCACGCUUGGCCACUACUUCAUUGAGAAAAUGAGGAGAGACGGUGCUUUGAUUGCUAAGAUCAAUACGCUUCAAAGGGAACUGCUGGUUUCGUCCAAGGAAUGUUUGAUUUUGAAAGAAGACCUAGAGACCACAAAGGAAAAGCUGACUGGCAUUGAAACAACCACGUCUGAUUCUUCAGGAGCUAUUUUGGAAAUUCGAGCAGAACUGAGUGAAUCCCAGAGGUUGUGCCAAGAGCAAGAGGAGCAGAUUAAAACCCUGGAGUCGGAGCUUGAGGCAGCCACUGAGGCUGGCCUUGAACUAAAUAAAAUGCUUUCUGAAUUUCUAUCAACGCAGCGUGGAUCUCAGGAUUUAGUGAAGAGUGUUGAACUGCUACAGGGCCAACUUAACAAACAGCAGGCCACCAUCAGCUCCAUGAACCAGACUCUCAACUUAAAAACUCAAGAGAAUGAAACAUUGAGAUUGGAACUCACAGCUGCCAAUGACAAAAUUUUGGAUCUAGAACUUGACAUCGAUGGCAUCUCGAAAAACCUAUCCACACUGCAAGAUGAAAAGUUGAAACUGAAACGGGAGUUGGAGGAAAACUGCUGCACUCUGGCCAACCAACUGCAGGAGGCUACAAAUUUGAGAGAAGUGGAAGUAGACGCGGUCAAGAAGAAACUGGACGCCAGCGAAACAAGUUUAAAAGAAGUUCAAAACGCUUUAAAACACAGAAACAGCGAGUUGGAGGCUCUCAAGGAGAGCAUCUCCAAGCUAAGCACCCUCAAGGAAGAUAAUUCAGACAAAGCAAACCGUAAACUGGAAGCAAUGCUGGAUGUUAGCAAGGUUCAGGCUGAGUUGAAACUACUGAUCAGCGAGAGGGAUGUCCUGAAGGAACGACUGCAAUGUGAAGAAGACGCCAGACAACUGCUUGAGGACCACAUGAAAAUGGUAAAAGAUGAGGUUCAGAAACUGCAUGAAAAAGGAGAAGCUGCUGAAAAAGAGAAACAAGAUGCGUUGACAAGGCUGGAAGUGCUUUCUGAAUAUUUCAAGGAGAAGGAGGCACAGCUGCAAAAGGAGCUUGGAUUGCAAGAAGCGUUUAGUGUGAUGAAGAAUGAAGAUUUCAGUACCACGCAGACAAGAAUCAAGUCACUAGAGGAAGAGGUAGAAAACUUCAAUUGUAAUGCGAAACCGAAACCGGCAAAAUCCUUCGAGAGACAGAUCAGUGUCGAUUACCCCAACAUCACCAGUAAUAGAAACAACAAAUUACAAAAGCAGUGGCCUCCUCGUCCAGCCACGCCCGUUAAAAUUGCCCAUCAGUCGCCAGCCAAAAUUGCCCAACAGUCGCCCAUUAUAAUAAUAGGGGCUCAAAAUGAAACUCUGAAGCAGGAGAUAAUUGACCAGGAGAAGGGCCUCAAAGGCCAGAUUGUAACGUUGGAAAAGAAAGCACACGAAAAUUGGAUUGCCGCACGACAAGCCGAACGAAAAUUAGACGAAUCCAAACAAGAAUCGAGUACUUUACGAAAUAGACUUACCAUGCUAGAGAAAGGUACUUCUCUAGUCACUCAAAAUGGUGAGGAAGGAAAGGGUGCUGCAACAAGACUGCUAGAGAGCAACGGCGGCGAGUUGCCUACCUCGCCUGGCCUGCAUAUCGGCGAUUCGCCAACGCCCCAUUUCAUGCUGCCGCCACCGCCUCCACUGGGUGCCUUCAUGCCGCCUCCACCGCCCCCUGAGUACAUGCAGUCGCCACCCCUGCCUCCUCUGUACCCGGACCGCCGACCGCCUCCCCUAGGUCGGAUGAGUUCUCCGCCCCCGCACCACUUUUCACCCCCGCCCCCAGACCGCUACAACAGCUCGCCGUACCGCCCCCGCUCACCCGGCUCUGACCGCUCCCUGCCCCGCUACCGCUACGGCAGCAGGUCGCCGUCGCCGCCACCCUACGGUGGCGGGGGUAGUAACCACGACUACCCGCCCUAUCACUCUGCAGGCAGGCCUUGGGAGGAGCCUCGAGCUGGUUUCAGGCCCGUCCCCAGGGACAAAGAACUCAAAGGUUCAACCAUGAGUUCAGGCCAUUCGUCCUCAGACUCGGUUGGCAAAUCCAGCAGUCAUCGUAGUGGCAAGCGAGGCAAGUGAAACUGCAAACCCUUUGCGCUGCUGAAGUGAAGUCGUUCCUGUGAUCCCGAGUUUAAAACUGUAGUUGCACUUUGCACUCACAAUCAGUUCCAUAUCAUUUCCUCCUUAUGUUUUCGUCAAGAGUUCGCAUUCACACACUAUGUAUAUUUUUGUUGGGAGUCAAUAUGUUACUCAUGUUACUAGACUAAAUUCAUUGAUAUAUAUUUUUUGAGCAGCAACUAUUAUCUGUGCAAUUACUUGUGUCCACAAAACUUUCUUCUUGACCAGUCAAGCCAAAUAGUACACAUACUUACUAUGCACCUUUGUUAGGAACUGAAUUUUCGCGUGUUUUGUACUGGUGAGAGAGUAUGCUGAUAGAUUGCAAGUGAAACGAACUUUUUGCUUUUGUGUACAGUCUCAUGUUAUGUUGCUGAUUUGAAAUUUUAUUGAUUUGCUGAACUUUGUAUGAUAUUUGGAUACAUGAAAAUAAACAAUGAGUAUUUGAUAAGGCGAUAAAAAAA